AUGUCAACAAGGUCCAACAAGGACAUUUUCGUGCGUGGAUUUGCAAAGGCUUUGGAAGAAAAAUGGCAAGUCGAUGUACAACUAAAAGCAAGGGACAGUGAUGAGGGUGUAUCCAUCCUUGCACACAAACUUGUCCUGGCAUCAAGGUCAGAGGUGUUAAAGAAAAUACUGGAACUAGACGAGUUCAAAGCUCCAUCUCAACCGACAGUCACUUUCUCGGAGCUGAAACAUGAGGAGUUAGAGGCUUUUGUCAAAUUCAUCUACAGUGACGGCUCUAAGCUUUCUGCGAAAGCAAAAGAACACGUUAGUAUUAUCGUUAUGGCAAAACAGAGCAAUCUAAACAUUUUCUUAGAUGGGUUUGCACAUAUCUUAGAAGAACAAUGGCAAGUUGAUGUGCUGCUCAAGGCAGGAGACAGCGAUCCAGAUGCAGCAAUCUCCGCUCACAAACUUGUUCUGGCUGCAAGAUCAAAGGUCUUUAAGAAGAUGCUGGAGGAGGAUGAGUGCAAGACUUCGUCUGAGAAAGAGAUAAUCACUCUCUCUGAGAUGAAACACGAAGAGCUAAAGGCUUUGGUAGAGUUCAUAUACAGUGAUGGCUCAACGCCUUGUGCAGGGCAUGCUCGAUCACUUUAUCUAGCAGCGGAUAAAUAUGAGAUCCCGCAUCUACGAGACCUGACCAGAAACGAACUUAUAUCUUCUCUGAACGCAUCUAAUGCUCUUGACGUUUAUGAGCUUGCCCAAAUCCCUUUCGAUGACGCACUAAACAAUGCUGCCUUAAGCUGUAUCCGAAUGAAUAUAGCUACAAUUGCUUACUCUGAUGAGCUCAAGCUGUUUGCAGAGAGUAACCCAAAUCUUACAGUGGAGAUAAUGAAGGCCUGUGUUGAACAGAGUAGAAUCAGAAACUACACUUUUUGCAUUCUUGAGUAGAAGCAUGUGUUGGGGCCAAAAUUGCUUUAAAAUUUUAAGGGGCCAAUACUUAAUCAGUGUAAAAACGUCUAUAGCUCUAUUGAUAAUUGUAUUUGUGUGCAUGUUUAAGAACAUAGGUUCAAAUCUGUGUGUAUAUAUUUUUGAAAGCUAAUAGUUAAUGUGCCAAACAAAAAUUUAUGCUUGAGGGCCUAAAAUAUUCAGGCACGGCCUUGACUGUUGAUUACCAAUAAUGUAGUUUUCCUUCUUUUACUACACAAAUCCGUUCAUUUUUUUAUGGGAUUGUACUUAUUUA